UACAUAUGUACAUACAUGUACAUUACAUAAAUGUAUAUAAAUACAAAAGAAUAGAAGGAUUGGUAUCACUGAUUAUUAUUCAUUUACUCAUACAGCUGCGCUGCAUACAGUGUUUAACCUAGAUGUAAAGCCAGAAGAGUAUGGCUGCGUACUGUCUCAGAAGGUGUCCUCAGCAAUGAAAAUGAAUAAUUGUUUAGUGUUCAAGUAAAUUAUCAUUGUUUUACAUAGCUUUGUUAGAAUGGAGUUGGGCUUAUCCAACACGUUGUUGGCGGGUGAUCCACGAUUAGUUGAUCACAUCGUUGGAGAAGUUAAAUCCCAAGGGAUUUUCGAUCAGUUUCGGAAAGAAUGUAUCGCUGAUGUUGAUACAAAGCCAGCAUAUCAGAAUUUACGUACAAGAGUCGAAGGAUCUGUAAAUUCCUUCCUUAGUAAACAAUCAUGGAAACCAGAUUUAAACAAGAAUCAGCUACGAGAAAAUUUACGCAAACACAUCCACGAAGCUCCUUAUUUAGAUGCCGGUGUAGAGCGUAUAGUAGAUCAAGUAGUACAUCCAAAGAUAUAUUCUGUUUUUAUGUCCCACAUUGAAGAUGUAGUAUAUACGUAUCUUGGCAUAGAGAGACCUAAAACAAAAGAAAAAAAUGGUGCUUGUGGCCUUAAAGACUUACUACCCAAAGAUUUGGAUCCUGUUUCACCAGAGUCUGAUAAAAAUAGCUUGAAAGAUGUAUCUUUGGAGUCUGUGGAUGCAAUGGAAGACUUGGAAGUAACAAAGGAAGAAAAAUUGUUUCACGAAGAGAAAUUACAGGAAGAUGAACUUUCUAAUGAAAAUAAUAAAGACAAUGCUUCAGAAAAUGGACAAAUCUCGUCUGAGGAAAAAUCAUUAUUUGAAAGUGAUAAAACUCUUCAUAAGACUGAUAGCAAUUUAAAUUUAAAUACAUCUGGCAAAUCAGAUGAUAAGAUGGAAGAGGAGGAAGAAGAUAGUCCUACAUUUGAACCAAUAGAUAUUAUGAAUUUGAAUGAAUCUAAUAUUUCCAAUGAUUCACAUUUAUCUGGAAUAUCAGAAUUAACUAGCCAUAGAUCCAGAAGUCCCGACUUUUGUAAUGAAUUGUCAAGAGAUAAUUUUGAUUACAGCAAUCAAGAUUCACAAUUAAGUAAAGUUUCUUCUGACUCUCGAUUGUCGAUUGUAACAGAUUUUGGUUCUUCAAAUCAUGCAUCAACACCCAUACAUGAUGCAUUGAAGGAUGAAGUCAAUAGAGACAAAUGUGAUGUUAAAAAUGUUAAAGACAAUUUUAAAGCUGUCAGAGACUAUGAAUCUAAUAAGAAUAAAAAUAAAAAUAUUUUUGAAGUAAAUAAAAAUAAAGAUAUACAAGAUGUUAAAGAUUCUAAAAAUAAUAAAUACAGUUUAUCUACGAAAGAAAAUUCUCGUGAUGCUACAGAUAGUAGCGUAAAAGAUAAGUAUGAACACAAACACAGAGAUAGAAGUAGAGACAGUGAAUCUAAAUCAAAAUCGAGAGACAAGAAUCAUGUUAAAGAUGGAAAACAUCAUAGGGACAGAAGUAGUGACAAAAAGAAGCAAAGAAGUCAUAGCAGUACAAAAUAUGAUAAGUAUGACAAAAGUAAAUCUAAAGAGAAAGGCGAUUUACCAAAAGACAGCGAUAAAAAUAAAGAUAUGGAGAAGGAUAAUUAUACUAAAGUGAAAGAAGACAAGACAAAGGACACAGACAAAAAGGAUAACAUUAGUAAGGAAGGAAAAGAUUUAAAAGAUCUCUACAAAGAAAAAAUUCGUGAACUUAGAGAGAAAAAGGAAUUAACCGAGAAGGAAAAGCUAAACAAAGAUAAUAGGGACACAAAACCAAACAAAGAAAAUAAAGAUAAGAAAGAUUCACUGAAAGAUAAGAAAUCGUAUAAAAAAGAUCAUAAAAGUUCUUUUUCUAAAAGCUCAACUUUAAGUUCUAAUGAAAGUAAAGUUGCUAAAGCAUCGGAAAAAGUCGAUGGAAAGGAAAGGAGAAGCGAAUCAAAAGAUAAAAGUAAACGAGAUGAAAAGCGUAGUUCAAAAGAUGUAAAGUCGAAAAAUCAUAUGAGUACUAAAUCUGAUUUAACUGAAAAAUCUGAGAAACAGGAUAUGAAAAAAAUGAUUAAAAACGAGAAGAAUGAGAAAAUUGAAAAAUCUGACAUUAAGAAAGAUGUCAAGUCAAGCAAUGAAAAAAUAAAUGGCAAAAAAGAUACAAAAAAUCAGGUAAAUAAAAGCUCUACUCGAAAUGAAAAACUAGAAAGCAAGAAGGAUAGUAAAAGUGAAAUACAAAAUAAGGAUAAGAAGCGGAGAGAAGAGAAGAAAUCCAAGUCAAAAGAUGAUCACUCUAGUUUAAGAAAGAAUUCUAAUGAUCGGCGCUCGACAGACAGAGACGGUUCGAACGGGUCUAGCAGUAAAAGCUCGCAGUCUAGUAAUUUUAGUUCCAAUAUUGGAAGUAAUAAGUCAGGUUCAUCAACCUCGUCUAAAGAAUCAAAUCAUAUUAGCAAUUCCAGUAGUGAAACAUCAGAUAAUAUGGAAGAAACACAUACAAAUGACUUGAGAUUAUCAUUAGGACAGUCAGAUUAUAAAUUCGACAAUGCAGAGUACAAAACAGAUGAUAGCAGUAACUAUGAAACACAUAUUAAACAAGAAUCUGAACUGAAUGAUGUUAACUUACCUUUGAAGAAACGAUCAUUACAUGGUGAAGAUACUAAUGGUUCAGGAGAAGUGAAACUAAAAAAACCGAAAUUUGCAAAAAAUAUACACGAAGCUAAAAAGUUAAUGAAAAUUAGAAAACAAAUAGAAAAACAGAAGCUUAAAGAAAAUAAGAAGGUAGAGAGGAAACAUCAACACAAAGUUGAACCUCUAACACAAUCCAACUCUUCAAAUAAUGACAAUUUUGAAAGUGUACCGGAUGAAGAACGUGUACAAAUAAUAGAAAUACCAGAUGAGGAAUAUGAAGAACCUUAUCCUGAAAAUCACACUAAUUUAACACUGGAAGAGAGAUCAAUAAUGAUGUUACAAAGUGAAGCAGGUACAAAGGAUCUAUUAGAAGUACAUUCUGACUUAAAGUUAAAAUUGUCAGACAUGGAGUUGUGCAUCCAAAAGUCAUUAUGUGAAACACUUCCCAAUAAGAGAUUAGAACACACAACACAUAAUAGCAGUGAAAGAAGUGAAGACUUAGAAAACAAAGAAUUUCUGAUAUCUACAAUAGGAAACUCUAUAAAAAACAAGAUUCUAGAAUCAGAAAGUGCGAACAAUUAUCGAAAUAUAGAUAAGAAGAAUGAAAUAUCACAAGAAGCUGGUACAUCUAAAAUAGAGAAAAGUAUAAGGUCUCAAGAAGUAAAUUCUUCUUGUAUCAUUCCUGAAGUGAGUAGCAAAGGCAAAGCAAUGAACCAGGCAAAUACACCAGAUCUUGAAACAGAUACUAUAAAUCAUUUGAAACAUAGAGAAGAUAUAGAAACAUCUAGGAAUGAACGUAUUCUUCAAAAUGCUCAAAAUAAUAGCCUUUCCAACGUAUGUAGAGAUAUAGCUGAAGAAUAUCAUCUGGUACAUGCUAGCAAUGAAUCUCAGGCUAUAGAAUCUACCUCGAUGGCAGCUGAAGACAAUGAAGACUGUCGUUAUUUCAAGGCAGACAAUGGGAUAUCCGAAAAAUUCUCCAAUUUCUUAGAAUCACUGGAAUUAGUAGAAAAUAGUUCCUUAGAAGAAAUAAUAGAAAGUUUAGGAGGCCAAGUUGUAUCCUCAAUACCAAAAGCUAUGGCACCACCUUUGCCAAAACGCAAACUUUCAACUAGUCCAUUGUCAGAUAUAUUAUUAAAUAACUCAAAUAAUAACAAUGAUGGCCAUAAGAAAGUGUUAAACAUACCGAAUGAAGAUGUUUUGAACACUAUAAAGAAAAGGAAACUUCUUGGAGUCAAAAAGCAAAGACUACAAGCAAAUAUAUGUGCUCCACAAGGACUACUAAACGGAGAAAAUUUUGUUAUGCCCUUAAGCCCAGAAAGCGAUGUGUCUGCAACUAGUGAAAAAAUACCAUCAUCUAAUUUAAUUAAAGAAGACAAAGGCCGGCAUAGAAGCAGUCAACGUUACUCAAGCGAUGACUUAUACAAACCACGUCCAUUAUUUGCAAGUUCUUCUCGCAGAAGUAGGAGAUCUAACCAGGCAUAGCUAUUAGUACGUAGUUUCAGGUGGUAAAUUAUCUUUUACUUUAUGUAAUAUAAGAAGUUCUAGUUGUUGAUUCUUAAAAUAUACUACAUGCUAUAUUUGAAUCACAUAUUUUUAAACUCAUUAGUACAUACAAUAUUGAAGUGACCAAACGAAAUGUACAGAUUAUUACUUACAUUAUGGCAGUAUGAAACAUUAUUUUAUAUGCAAGAAAUUUAAAUCAAUAUCUUUAAGGCUAUUUUAAAUAUAUGUUGCAUCCGAAAGAUUAACGAAUUCCUAAGUUAUUAAAAAAUAGGUACUUCCAUGUAUUCUUCUAUGUCGGUGUUGUAUAAAAUAUGCUCAGCCUAAUACUUAAAACAAAGUGGUGCAUAUCUAUGAAAAUACAUUUUGUUUGUGUUAUAA